AUGGCAAUAAGACGUGUUGGGGCACGUCCACGUAAUCUAGAAAACGAACUUCCUCCCUUAGUACCUGUCAAUAUUUGCUCUGCUCAUCAACAGAGAAUCGUCGCUUCUGCAGUAUUUUGUGGAAUAUUAGCGUUUAAAGGAUAUAAUUAUAUUCAUUGUAAUGAGACAGCGCCAUUACUUGGAAUAUUAACCAAAUGGUGCAUUUUGGACGCCUCAUUUUUCCUCGGUUUAUAUAUAUUUCGGAUACCAUGGCUUCAAAAACGUCUUUGGUUUUGGAUAUUAUUCUUUAUCGUUUCGCUUAUAGUCAAUGCUACUAUACUUCAACCUCGAUGGAUUUAUGAUGUUGGUCUAACAAAAUACAUAUUAGAUUUAUUAAAUUCUUUUUAUAUGAUUAUACGGAAACAAUAUAUUCGAUUAAAAGGCGAGAAAGUCCGUGCAGUCAUUGUAAGAUAUAAUUCAUCUCACAUUGUUGGAAAACAUAGUGUUCGUCUUUUACCUUACGCUACUGCAAAAUUAAAUCCAGAUGAUGAUAAAUUAUGCUUACAAAGAUCAAGUAUUAGAAAAAAACCUGCGAUUAAAUUACCAAUUUUAUUCAAUAAAACAUCUCCAAACUCAAUUCGUUAUUCAAGAUUAGAUUUUGAAACUGGAAAUAGAACUAUGCAUGAUGUUUAUUCAAAAGAGAUUGAACAGCAUCGUAUGACUGAUGUGGUUCAUGAUGGUGUUCAUUUAGAAUACGUAGAUAUUCCAGUUAAUCAACCAGGUGUAUAUCAACUUGAAGAAGCAUUAGAUAAAGAUGGAAUGGGAAUCAAAAUAUAUAAAAGAGAUGUAACUAUAGUAUAUUGCCCAAUGGCAAAAUUUAUAUUAAAAUCUGGUCCAAAUCUAUGUGUUGAGGAUGAUAUACAUGUUGACCUAAUAUUACAAGGCGUACCCCCUUUAAAUGUAAUCUACGAACGACGAAUAAACAAUUAUGUACAUAACAUGACUAUAGACAGUAUUGGUCCUGAGCAUUAUAUUUCUCCUCCAAUUCGAUCAGAUCAAGAAGCUAUGACCUUGGCAUCAUCUGGAAAUUAUCAGUGGGCUCAUGAUCAAAUAACCGAGGUUCGGUUGAAUCUUUCUGCUGAAUUCGUUGCCGAUUAUUGGCUGAAAGUUUUACAGCUUCAGGAUGUAUUAAAUAAUACAAUUAGUUAUAAAAAUGAUCAAAAUCCAAAUGUUAAUGUUAGGUUUUCAGUUUACACACGACCUACCGCGAGUUUUAUGUCUGACAUUUCAAUAUAUGUUCGCCCUAAACAAACUGCUAAAAUUCCAUUAGACUUGCAGGGUCAAGAACCAUGGAACGUUAAAAUUGGGUAUUGGUCUGAGGAUGUUACUGAAAAUGAUGAUGCAACAAUUAUAAAGCCAAGUGAAGAAUUUGAUAUAACUAUAAAUAAUCCGGAAACAGAAAAUUUGAUUAAAGUACAAAAACCUGGAAUGUACAGGAUUCUUUCAGUAUCAGAUUCUAAAUGUGCUGGCCAAGUUUUAGCACCUUCUUUUAAGAAUGUAAUUCUCGCCUAUCCACCCACUGUCAAGUUCGAUGUCAUCCCUAUACCUGCUGAUGAUUGUCCUGGAGAAGUGGGUGUCGAAGUAAUCCUUUCAUUAACUGGAACUCCACCUUGGCAAGUCGAAUAUUCAGUAAUUUCUCAAAAUAAAGAAAAAAAAGAAUAUAUAAAAAUUGAAAAGUCAAGACAUUCAAUGAUUAUUAAACCAACUACUUCAGGACAAUAUGAAUAUAGAUUUUUUCGUUUAAUGGAUUUUAUUUAUCGUGAAGGUGUUAAAAUAGAUCAUAAAUUCUCUCAAACAGUACACCCGAAACCCAAUGCCGCUUUUAGAGGCUUAAAAAAUCGAAUGUUGAAUGGUUGUGUUGGAAGCCGCAUCGACUUGGAAGUAGAACUUGUAGGAACUGGUCCCUUCACGUUAAUAUAUGAAGUAGUAUUUAAUAGAAGGAUUAACGCGUUCACAAUUGCUGAUAUCCGAGGUUCAACUCAUGUACUUACAUCUCCACCUUUUGAUAAUCCAGGCUUAUACACCGUAACAUUGGUGAAGAUUACUGAUUCAAAAGGAUGUAGUCAGGUCUUAAAUUCUUCUGAUUACGUGACCAUUAACGUUAAAAAAGAUAGACCAACUGCUGGAUUUAGACAUACACAUGAGAUUAUCACAUUCCUUGAAGGACAUGACGUUAAAUUACCUUUACAAUUAACUGGGCAUGCGCCUUGGAAUAUUUCUUACCGUUAUCACGGUGAUGUUGAAAAGGUUGAAAGAAAAUCAGAAAUUGCUGAUCCUAAUUCAUUCUUAACUGUGUCAGAACAAGGUGUUUAUGAGUUAUUAGAAGUCAAAGAUUCUUUUUGCUAUGGCAGAAUAAUACCUGAAAUGAAGGAAGUUGAGGCGAGAUGGCUGCCACGACCAUCGUUAAGAAUAGCAGAAGAUGAUGCUGAACCAUUGCCUCAAAAAGGUCAUUAUCAUCGUAGGAAUGUUUGUGAAGGAUCCGAUGAUUCGGUUGGUUUGGUCAUGGAAGGUCGAGCACCAUGGGAAAUUUAUUAUAGAAUAAUUACAAGUGAUGAAGAACUAACGCGUCAUCAAACAGUUGGAUAUACAACCACUAAAAUACGGCUUAUGACAAAUAAAGCUGGAAGGCAUCUUUAUAAUUUCACUAGUAUUGCUGAUGAUGUUUACAUUGAACCAAGCCCAAUAUUAUUAACUCUUGAACAAACUGUUAACGCUAAACCGGUUGCUAGAUUUCUUUCAGCGGAUACAAUGUUUCAUUGUGUUGAUGUUCCAUUUACAAAUAAAGAUAUUAAGAUUCAAUUAGAUGGUGUACCGCCUUUUAGUCUAACGUUUGAAGUUGCGCAGGAAAGCAGCAAUAAGAUGGAAACUCUAAAGAUCGAAGAAAUUUACGAAUCCGUAUAUAAUUUUCAUCCGUCAACAAGAUUUGCAAAAAUUGGAAAUUAUACUAUAACAUUAGUUCAUAUAGUUGAUUCUCAUGGUUGUAGCAAUACAUUACAAGGACCAAAUAAUAAAAUAUCUAUUCAAGUUACUGACGUGGCAUCAAUUGAUCGAACGUUCCUACAACAAAUCCAUUGCGUUGGUGAUUUACUAAUUUACAAGCUACAAGGCAUGAUUCCAUAUAACAUUACUCGUGAAUAUAAUGGAGAAGUACUACACACAAUUUCAAAAACCCACACAUACACUUUUGGAGCAGAUAAACCUGGAAAUAUGACAAUAACUAAAGUUUGUCACCAAGGAAAUCAAUGUUGCGGAUAUGUAUCAAAUUUAACAGAGAUUAUUUAUGAUCUUCCAACCGCUAUUGUCUCCGAAGGCAAAGAUAUUAUAUCAGAUAUUAGAGAAGGAGACAAAACUGAAAUUAUUGUCAAUUUUAUUGGUACCCCACCUUUCGAAUUUACCUACACGAGAAGCGAGUUAUUGAUUAAUGAAAAAAAAGAACGUAAACCAGGUCGUGUUCUUGAAACUCUUACGGUCCUCAACAUUCAUCAAUACCAGCAUUCAAUUUUUACUUCACAACAAGGUGUAUUUCAAGUAACCCGUGUAAAAGAUCGAUACUGCGAAUAUCCACCUAGUUCGGGUAGAAGAUAA